AUGGCUUUAGCUGCUGCCCCUCUUAACUUAAGAAGGCCAGUUUGGUCGUCGCCGUGUGCGUCGUGCUGCUCCACUCUUCGCUGGGACAGCAGCAACAGCAACCGCCGCCGCCGCCUGCACCGGAUUGCCCUUACACGGGGCAGCAGCCACCACCCUCGCCAACGCCGGUGGUGCCAGCGCCCACGCCGACGCCGACGCCAGUGCCAGCGCCAACACCACCGGUGCCGGCGCCGUCACCCGUCAAUAAUCGCACCUAUAGUGACUGCGCCUCGCAAUGUGAUCAGUCAUGCCGAGCCAGCCACUAGCUCGGCUGGUAUGCAGUGCGACCACGUGGCCGCCUUCAACGCGUGCUACGAGAGCUGCACGAGCCAUACCUGCCCUGGCAAGUCGUGCGUCCACAGUGGCUGCGGCUUCGGCGACUGCUCCUGCCACAACCGCAACGCAAGCAGCUGCUGCGAAUAUUGCGGCAACGCUGUUAGCAGCUCCGACCCCGUUUACCAACGUUGCCUGAGUUACUGGGAGAGGUCUGUGGCGUAUUGCGUCAUGGGCUGCCAGGACAGCUGCUCCAAGAGAGGUUAUGUUUGA